AGUGCGCGCAUUGCCAUGUGGGUGCAUUUCGGAAGAAAGCCAGUUGGCCUGACUAUUUAUAGGACAACUGAAGAAGAAGUCGCAGGAGUUAGUUGGACAUUUUGGGCUAUUUGUGGUUGUCGUGUAAACAAUACAAUUAUUUAAACGGUCGGUAGCCUAUCACUGGUGAUUCAAUCGAUAUGCCAGUGACGCAAGGUCGAUCCAGGAGGGAACGGAACAAUGUUCUGAACCGACCCGAGUUCAUGUCACUGAACCAGCCGUUACGGACUAAUAAUGCUGAAGUUCGCGGCGGGUCCGGACGGAAACCCGCCAAUAAACACCCGCAGAGUCAACACCACGCGCCUGAGACCGCGCAGCCGGAGACGCCGGAGAAUAACACUGACCGGCGGGAAUCGAUCAAACUACCAGAGGAGGACUGCAUGCUGCUCAAUCCAUCUUUCAAAGUGAUCGCUAUGAACUCACUCUUCGCUAUUGACAUCUGCCUAUCCAAGAGACUCGGGGUGUGCGCGCGCACCUCCUCCUCCUGGGGCAGUAUGCGCUCCAUGGUGAAGCUGCUCGCGCUGACCGGGCACGCGAUCCCCUGGGUGAUCGGCACGAUCUGGAGCCUGACCAGGAGCAACACGUUGGCAGGGCAAGAGGUUCUGAUUAACUUGCUUCUGGCCCUCCUGCUAGACAUCAUGACCGUGGCGGGCGUGCAGAAACUGGUGAAGCGCAAAGGACCCUGGGAGAUGCCGCCCAGCUUCAUGGACUACCUGGCCAUGGACGUGUACUCGUUCCCCGCGGCCCACGCCAGCCGGGCGGCCAUGGUGUCCAAGUUCCUGCUGGCGCACCUGGUUCUGGCGGUGCCGCUGCGCAUCCUCCUGAUGCUGUGGUGCGUCCUGGUGGGCGUGUCCCGCAUCCUCCUGGGCCGGCACCACCUGACCGACGUGGGCUGCGGCUUCGCUCUGGGCUACCUGCACUUCACCCUGGUGGAGAUGAUGUGGCUCAGCACCAGCACCUGCAAGGCCCUCAUCUCCCUGGGCACCUUCAGCUGGAUGCCCCUCUAUUAGCCAACCUCUCCUCUUUAACACUGGCAGCACUAUAUCCAAACCCCAGCAACAGUCUGGCCUUGCGUUUGUUUGUUUGUUUGUUUGUUUGUUUGUUUGUUUGUUUGUUUGUUUGUUUGUUUGUUUGUUGGUUUGUUUGUUUGUUUGUUUUUCCCCCGUAGGGAUUCUGUUAAGCCCCAUCUGUUACCCUGUUGUACCACAUUCUAAUUUUGUUGAUACCAACUGACAGCAAUUCAAAAUGUCUGAUCAUAUACUGAUUGAUCAUAUACGUACAGUACUUAUUGAUCGUAUACUUUAUUGAUUAUAUACUCAUUGACAGAGAGAUGGAAAUUCUGCUUCUUAAUCAACCGUUUACUGUAAGCGGGGUUGGAAAGGUUACUUUUGAAAUGUAAAAGGUUAUAGAUUACUAGUUCACCCUGUUAAAAUGUAAUAAUUAAUGGAACUACUUUAAUCACUCCAUCAAAGUAAUGGAUACUUAAUACAUUUAAUUACUUUUGGUUUAUUUUUGAUUGGCAGAUGACAGGUGGUGCGAAUUCAAACAAAAGAACCAAUCAAAGAGCGCAUACUGCCAAAUGAACGGAGCUUGUUUACACAGCAAACAGAGGCAACAACAACAGAAUGAAUGUUAUAUACUAUGCAUAGAAAAGAAAAGAAUAUAUUCAGACGUAACCCCUUCUCUAUGUCUAUUCUUCUCUCAGUGUUUAUUCUCAUGAUAUAAGCACAGUUUUGGAUGGCCUUAUGUUGUUUGGACUGUUUGGACAGUUUCAAAAGGCCAGGCUUCAAACGUCUGGCUGGCGACUGGCUUGAUGUGAAGGAAGCGCUGUCGUGUCUGUAAAUGACUUGUGUAACUACUCAGGGACUUACACUGCUGAAGCAUUUUAACAUUGGUUGGACAUAAAAUUGUAUUCUGAA